UGACACACGACGAUCCGCGGCCCGGCUGCGGGUGACAUCACAUCACUAACGCGUUUCGUUGCUUCCGUCCGACGCUGUGUGGAGCUGCUUCGGCCGAUCGCGAGCCGCUGCUGCUGGCAGACAAAAGCAACAAAGUGAAGCCCUUCUCCGGAUCAACCGAACGUGCCAGAUUUAACUGUUUACGAGCCGAAAAAGAGAGAAAAGCUGCGGAUCCCGUCACUUUACUACACGGAGAUGGAUCGUUCCACAAAGGCCAUGGUCCAGAAAGAUGGCUCCUUGGAAAGACCCAAAGGCCAAGAAAGACCUGCACCUGCAAAUGAGACAGUCUGUCUUCACAGAGACCAAAACUAAAGGUCCUGUGUGGAGAGGUGGAGCUAUCUGAAUCCUAAAUGGAGGAGAGAAACAAGCAGGCAGCCGGUGUCCUGGAGAGCCACACGCACGUCGCAACACCUGCUUAAGAACUGCACUAUUGAUUUACGUGGAAACAAAAAACAAAAUUUAUUUGCUUUGGACAACGCGUAGCUGGUUAAUCUUCAGAAACCCUUGUGCUGCUGUCAUGGACGGGGAGGAAGAAGUGUCUCACUUGAGCGACGAUAUGCUCGACGACUCCGAUAGCUCCAUAGAACAUAAGAAAAGGGAGGCAAAAGAGAGCUGUCUGAAAAUCGAGGGCCAGGACGGCUACGUGUUCAAAUCGUACAGCAUUAAUCCUCACGAGGCAGCAGAUGAGAAGUCAUCUGUUUGUUCCUCAAUGACACUGGACAAAGAUGCUUUUGAUCCUAUCCAUUUAUCUUCUCAGGGUGACCAACUGUUGGACUCAGACAAUGCAAAAGAGAUGGAUUCAGCUUCUCCCACUCUUGUAAGCAAAUAUAUGAACGCACAUCUUGAGGGAAGGACAGAAAAUGGGAAUUAUGAAAAUGGGAACGAAUCAGGUCAACAUAUUAAAGAGGAGAUUGGGGAAGUAAACGGUAUGGAGGAUGAUACUCAGGACUAUGAAAGGCUAGACUUUGGUGGGCCAUUUGGCCCUUUUGUAGCGCGGGACGGUGAUGACUAUAGUAACUUACUAAGUGGAUACACCAGUACCCUUUAUGACGUCGCCAUGGAUGCUGUCACUCAGAGCCUGCUGUCAUCUAUGAGGAGUCAAAGCAACCCAAGGAAAAAAUCUCCUGCAUGGAAUCAUUUCUGCAUAUCCCCACGAGACAGUACCAAAGCAAUCUGUUUAUACUGCAUGAAAGAGUUCAGCCGAGGCAAGAACGAGAAAGACCUCAGUACCAGUUGUUUAAUGAGGCACGUACGAAGGGCUCACCCCACUGUGCUCCUACACGAUGGAGGAGACGCCUCCUAUAAUCUAGCUAGCUCCUUUGCCUCAUCUUUGAUACCUCCCUCCCCAAGCUCACCAAAAAACGGAGAUUUGACAACUAUUACACCUGCCUCAAAGAACACAUCACCGUCCACUUCCUCAGCUGAAAACUCUGACAUGUCAUCCAAAGAAGUGUUACCCAAAGUUGAACCACACCCAGACCCAUUUGUCAGUACUGACCCCAUUUGCAACACGCUUUCGUCCUUACAUUCCAAUGAGAACAUUGUUGAAGAAAUGCCUGAUGGAGGGCCUGAGCGUCUGUCUGGGACCCCAAAAGGUUCUAGUUCCCGCCGGAGAUCAGCUGUAUGGAAACACUUCUACCUUUCACCUGCUGACAAUUCCAAAGCAGUAUGCAUCCACUGCAUGAACGAGUUCAGUAGGGGUAAGAACGGGAAAGACCUUGGCACAAGCUGUCUUAUUCGGCACAUGUGGCGAGCCCACAAAGAGGUCGUGAUUGAGGAAAAUGGACAGGGCAAUCACAUUCCUCCACCUUACACAAACCCACCCUCACUUCUAUCCCGCACGCAGCUACAGGAACCACUGGAAGUAAAAAAAGAAUCCCUUCUCCCAUCCUCGCCUGAAACCAUAUCGGACGGAUUACCCCAAAGUAUGGAGGAAGGCAUGGACGUGAAAGAUGACUGUGAUGAAGUGCUGCAUCUCUCGGCACAGGAGUCCUCUCUCAAUCUCCCCUUCAGAGUCCAGGGUGAGGACACACCCCUAUCUUCCUCACCGUGUCACCUCUCUGAGGGUCCCAGCCUCAACCAAGAUCAUUUGGUGUUCCAGCAAAACAAGAAGAUCAUGAAACGGGUGAAAUCUGAAGUGUGGCACCAUUUCAUUGUGUCGCCAGUGGACCAGUUAAAAGCACUGUGCCGCUACUGUCCAUGUGUCAUCAGUCGGGGGAAACGGGGUGACUUUGGUACAAGCUGUCUGAUGAGGCACCUUAUGAGACGCCAUCCGGAUGUUCUCAAAAACCAAAAAGGCAUAGACGACAAAGACCCUUUCCCUUACCCCUAUGGUAAUCUCACUCCAACAGACGCAGUUUCAGCCAAAGAAACUGAGACUCCCCCCAGUGAGCAGCAGCCACCAGCCCUGCCUGUUUUUAGUAAAAAGACGUCAAAACUGUGGAACCAUUUCUCCAUCUCACCUGCUGACCCCACGAAGGUGGUUUGUUUGCACUGUAGCCGCACAAUAAGCAGAGGCAAAAAGACUACAAACCUCGGCACCAGUUGCCUUUUCAGGCACAUGCAGAGGUUUCACGGACAUGUUCUUGAAAGUAACAAUACUAUCUCAGGUGACGUGCCAUCUGCUGAAAUUCACGUUAAACAGGAGCGCCUGGAUACUUCUGUUUAUGAACAGAACCACGAGAGAUUUGAUGAACAACACCCAGUUGCCAAAAAAAUCACCAAACUUAUCGCAGAAAUGCUCGCACUGGAUCUUCAGCCAUCAGCCAUGGUGGAGAAUACCGGUCUGAACAGACUACUAGAGUACCUCCAGCCCCAGUAUUCUCUACCACAGUCGUCUUAUUUUACCAGCACUGCCAUACCAGAUAUGUACGAAAGGGUGAAGGACGUCGUGCUGACACAUUUGAAAGAGGCUGAAGGUGGUGUUGUCCACUUUACUGCUAGUAUUUGGGUCAGUAGCCAGACGAGGGAAUACCUUACCCUCACUGCCCAUUGGGCAACAUAUGAAUCAAGUGUCAGACCUCAAGGUCAGGACUUUCACUGCUCCGCCCUCCUAAGUGUCUCACAAAUAGACUGUGAUCAAGAUAUGCACAACAUCCCAAAACAGCUAGAGUAUCUUUGGGAUUCUUGGAUCACAUCAUCUGGUUUGAAAAUGGGUUUCACUGUAACUGACAGCAACACCAUCAAAAACACCUUAGAGGAACGUGGGCACAUGGUCAUGCAGUGUUUUGGCCACACCAUAGACCUCAUAGUCAGUGAAGCCAUAAAGAGCCAGAGAAUGGUUCAGAACCUGCUGAGUAUCGCGCGAAAGAUCUGCGAACGUGUGCACCGCUCGCCUAAGGCAAAGGAGAAGCUAGCUGAGCUCCAGAAGGUCCACCAGCUGCCAGAGAACCAGCUGAUUCAGGAUGUCCCUUCUAAGUGGAUGACAUCUUUUUUCAUGCUGGAGCGGCUGGUGGAGCAGAAGAACGCCAUCGACGAGCUGUCGAUAGAGUGCAGUUUCAGGGAAAUGAUCAGUUGCGAUCAGUGGGAAGUGAUGUUGUCAGUCUGUAAUGCACUGAAACCUUUUGAAGUUGCCUGCAGGGAGAUGAGUAACCGCACCGCCACUCUGGGACAAGUGAUACCACUCAUUCACAUCCUCAAUCGAAAAAUAGACAUGUUGUUUGAUGAGACUGUAGGGAUAGACAACAUGCUCAAGUCUUUAAAGGAGGCAAUGGUGAGCAGGAUGUCUUCAACUCUGCACGACCCACGAUACACCUGGGCAACAAUGCUGGACCCGCGAUACAAGACGUCUUUAUUCACAGAGGAGGAAGCUGAGCAAUGUAAACAAGCCCUAAUCCAGGAACUGGAUUUGUCCUUUUCUACCUCAGUUGCAGACUCUUCGCUCCCCAAUGGCUGCAAUGAGGUCCCCAUCACGUCCAACAGUUCCCUCUCCAACAAGGACAGCCUCUGGUCUCUAAUGGCUGACAUCCGACAAAAAAUAAAGCACGACGAAAAGCCAAAGUCUUCAGAGCUGGCAGUGCUGGAGUACCUUGAGGAAGACAUACUGGAUCAAAGCUGUGACCCUCUCGACUAUUGGAACCUGAAAAAGUUCUUGUGGCCCGAACUUGCCAAAGUAGCUGCCCGUUACGUGGGCUGCCCUCCCAGCAUUAUCCCAGCGGAAACGCUGUUCAGUACAGCUAGCAUGAACUGUUCCCUAAGUCAUCCCUGGCCUUUACUGGAAAACAUGGAGGGUCUACUGUUCCUCAAGGUCAACCUUCCUUUGAUUUAUUUUCAGUACUGAUUAAUAAUUGAGCAGCAACUUGAAAACCCUUAAUUAAGGACCAAGUUAUACAACUGUGAAUUUUUGUUUUUUCUUUUUGGGGAAAAAUGUAAAAUUUUUACACUGAUAAAUUUAUUAUGAAAGUUAAGUAAAGGCCAGGUAUGAGGUUUUAUUGUAUUCUGUGUACUACUGUUAAACACUGUCAGGCUGCUGAUGAUGGGGAAAAAUAAAUCUCAGCCAAAAGUGUAUCAGGGAGGGAAGGAUUUUCUGUUUUAUUUUUAUUUUUUUUUAACUAGCUGUAGGGGUUGGUGUGUGUGUGCGUAUGUGUGUGCUUGUUAAGUGAUGUAUUUGUGUGUCUACUCUCUCCUUGUGCCUUAUCCAAAAACUACUUCAGGUCAAAAACGCUGUAAAUAUUUUUUUUUAAUUGUGCAGAUUACUUCAGGAUGCUUCUGAUUACGAUGGCAUAUCGCUUGACUAGAAUUGUUUUUCUAAAUGAAAACAUGGCCCAAAAAUAAAUGCUGUGACUAUUUUAAGUUAAUGUUAUUUAAUUUCUAGUGUGACUUUGUGGCUCAUGGUACCGUUAUUUAGAAUUAGACACUUUCCCCCCCCCCCCCCUUUGUUUGUUUUUUUUUUUUACAAUUGCUGAAAAGUUUUAAUAAGAUCCUGUAUAAUAUUGCUGUUUUUUCAGAAUAAGAUGUUCAUUUGUUUAAGCACAAUUUAAGUUUAUGUCCCGGGGUUUAAAUUAUGGGUUUUGUUAUUGAGUGAAAUGAUGUACUGUACAUUUUUAUAAAUGAUUUCUGAACUUAAUUUCAUAAAUGUAUGACAGACUGGAACCAUAAAAUUUUUGUGGUAACUUGUAAAUAAAGGUGUUCCAUGCUUCA